CCAUUUCAGAAAUAAAAUUGGCGGAUUCGGAUACACCGGAUACACCUGUUAACAACGACUAGGACAAAAUGAAAAAUGAAUCAGUGUCGAAGAAACGUUUCAAGGUGUGAUAAAAUACUAAUCGAACAAAUGUAGAAGACACCCACAGAUUUGAAAUGGAAUUUGAUCACGAGCUUCGGCAGGAUCUUCUGCACUUUUUGCGCAGUCUCUCCACUGUUGCGCUUCCACCGACAUUCGACGCCUCGCGAGAGAGGCUUUUAAAACGCAUGGGGGAUAUCGGGGAACCACCGGACGAAUAUGUCAACAUGGAGCCCGAGAAACCGCUUUCAAAUUGUUCAGCCCAGCGACCAGAUUCAUCCGCAGAUUAUAUAAUGCCUUGUAGCUUUUUGUAUAAAAAUGGCCCGAUCAAGAUACCGCCUGCGAAUGAAACGAAAAUUCCGACUACUGUUCCUAAACAGUUUGUAUCACCGUCUAGACCACCGACUUAUUUCCAGCCGUUGCCUCCUACAGAUUCACCUCUUAUCCGAUUACCGCCUCAGGAUACGCCGUUAUCUACGAAUGUCGUAUCUAACGUCUCGCAAGAUCAAUUGUCCAACGUCGAAGAAGUCGAUGAUUCUGAAAGCACGGAAAUAUACGCUAAGAUGAAUGCGCAAGAGGCUGAAGCAAAAUCACAGAAAUUUGAACAACUCCGGAGAAAAGAGCGAAAAUUUUUGUUUGAAGUCACUCGCUCGUUUUGGGCUGCUCUCUUAGACGCACAUAUUCUAUGCUACGACACCAAGAAAGAUCCAAAGCCCACACAGGUCCUACCCUUAAAGGGAUCGACGUGCCAACCUGUGAGCGUCGAGCAAUCCAGUCCUAAGAAGCCGGUAGAUUCGACAUUCGAAAUUUGCUUAAAGGACAAUAGAAGUUUUCAGUUUAUAGCCUUCGCCCCGAAAGAUAGGUCGCAGUGGAUUUCAGCGAUUCGAAGAGUACAAGCUAAGGCCGCAACUGCAAAUAAAGUCUCGCAACCAGUAAAGGCAAUUCCGAAGCCUGUGGAAGUGGAACCUAGUUCGACAGAUCGAAACUCAAAUGACGAUUACGAGGACCUUGUUAUUACCUGCCUUCAGGAUGCGUUAAACUUACCGCCAAGGAUUCCCAUCAUAAACAAUGAUAAUGGAAAAUCACUAACAGCUAGCACCGCAGCGCCGUCAAUAAAUUCGAAAUCCCCAAUCUUACCACAGAAGGCUCCUGCCAAAUAUAUUGAGGAACUAUCUGAACCAAAGAACAGCAAACCUGGUAGACCUGCACCACCUUCAGUUCCAAACCGCAGUUUGAGGGAGCUUCCGUCUUUGCCUUUGUCCGAAGAAUCUCCUAAUGAAGAUAAAGAUAUGUUUUAUUCUAUGAUUCCUGAAGAAAUUAAUACCAGUCAGGAGGUUGCUUCUGAAAUCGAUGUGGAGCAAACAGUCCAAGCAUUUGAGGAAGUCUUAUACGAUGACAUAUAUAACGUAAGGCAGGAGGUGAGAUUAAUCGAGACAGGGAAUAUCGAUGUGGAACAGGAUACGCGGGCGAGUGUAGAGGAGAAUCAAGAAAGCGAAACAUACGAUGACGUGGCGCAAGUAAAGGAGGAAGUGCAAAAUCUUAGGAAGAUGGAGAAGGAAAUGCAAAAAACGGUAGAAAAUGAAAUUGAGAAACAGGCAUCUAAAGUAGUUCCUAAGACACCUACAAAGUCAUCGCCAUUCAGAUCUAUACUUGAUAGAAUAAUGCAAAAGAGCGAAUCGCCGCAGAAAGGAGAUUCAAAGAAAAACCAAAUCUCCUCAUCCCCUCAACAUAACGACAAUAUAUCAGCUCCGUCAAAAUUACCUUUAGAUCGAAAAUCCGAAGAAUUAAACCAUAGUAACAUCAAUACGGAAGCAAUUGAUGGAUCAGACUACAAUAGUCCGCCACCUCCAAGACCGCUUCUUGACAAAAAGCCUCUGGAUCAUGAAAUAGAGGAGGAACAAAUGAUCUAUGAUGAUAUUGGUACCAAAAACGAUGAGCCUUUAAAUUGCAUCGUUAAACCUGCAAAGAUAUUGAAUAAUAAACAAAAGACUGAUGCAUUAUGGAUGAACAAUAAAUUAGUCUUUGAAAAACAAUCAGUUGCAAUCGGGCGGCAUAAAAAUUUGCCAAACGUAGUACGUAACUUAAAUAAAACUUUUGAAAGUGAAAUUUAUCAAAAUCAACCUGCCGAUUCGAAUCUUGAAGAGAAUUCGGAACAUUACCAAAUACCAAAGAAUCCAGAUGCAGGUGCACAGACGCCGCCUCCUAUGAGCUUGUUGGACACUACUGAUGAGGAAAUUUAUGAUGACGUGGGGAUUGUCGCUCAAAAGAAACGUGCAAGUCAGGAAGCUAAAAGUAAACCUCUGGUACAAACUACAUCAAAGAUUGGUUGGAACCCUGCUAAAGCAAAAUCGUCUGAAAUUAAUUCAUUUGGGGCGACCAACAAACUUUCUACGUUCAAGCCAGAAGAACAGAGUUCAGAGAAGAAAGUCCGACAAAUAUUUAGUAGUGGAAAAAAGUUCAGAAUGCUCCAAACGAAACCAUGUAUUACAAAGUCCGAAGCGUAUCAUAAUGUGAGUGAUAUUUAUGACGAUUGCCGUUAAAGUAAAUCACUUAAAGUGCCAAAAUAUUGAAUGACAUUUCAAGAAACAGAAAAAAAGACCCAAGAAAUGCUGUUAGCCAGUUCAAAAACAAAUGGUGAAUAUCCAAACUGUGAAAACUGUCCAAUAGAAUAAAUAUAUCUACAUAUAACUGGGAUUGACUGGUGUACAAUGUGUCUACAUAUGUAUCAGCCAAGUAUUAAAGUCAACCUGUUUAUAAGAAAACGAUUCAAAUCACUCAAUUGUUGACAACUAGUGGUGUUUUUUGUUUUCAUGGUUUUUUUUCCUCUAAAAUCAAAGAUGCCUUGAUUAUUUG